GAUUGCUACCGCGGCAUAUUUCAGAAUCUUUGAAAGAGCUUGGCAAGGCUCUAUGUGCAAUGCAUAAACAAGUACCAGAGAUCUUUGAGGAGGAAUGUCGAGGUAAAACGAGAUGUGCGCCGUCAAAAUCCGCUACACAGAAGGAAAAGGCUGCAAACGUUAGGACGGCAAAAAACAGAAGCCUUAAGCAAAUACUGGAGAGGCACAGCAGAGGCAGCGAUCGUAGCAGCGAUGAAGAAGUUGACGCCUUGAGGAAGGAGAACGGAGAUUUAAGAGAGCAGCUACGGAAGACUCAAGAUCUCCUGGAAAAGGAACGGGCUCUCUGCCACGAACUUCAUGCCACCCUGCUGAAAAAGUUCGAUAUUGUGCCAUCCACAUAUACAUGUGCAAGGUGCGCACGUCCUGAGCCCACAGCAACGACAUCAGCAUUUCGAGACCUGAGCACUGCUCUGCGGUUAGUCGCAGCUGAUGAAGAGGGUCAUAAUGCUGACAGCAAUGAAACUGAUGAUCCAGUCCUUGCCGAAGUGAUGACGCACAGGGAAAUAUUUAUAGCACCCUCUGUUGACAUCAGUACAUCUUCUCGUAAUGGACUGCCCCCGAAGCAGGGAUUUCAGGGUGAUGGAUAUCUUGUGGCGGCCCCUAGUCAUGUUGUACCAAGUACAGGAGCAGUUGACAGCAUAAGCUACCCCUAUCCUGGCUCCUCCAAUCCUGUCACUUGCAGUGCAGAUGCUACAUGCACCACACAGGAGCCAGGUUUAGUGAGCAUGGAAUUGCACGAUGGCGUGACUGGUGCGCAGAUCCCACCUUUGAUGUCCUUUGGUUACAGUGAGGGACAGGUACCAGUGGGUGCAACACCACAGAGCCCGGCACAGGUCCCUGAAGUCAUGGCUUCAAUUGGCAAUCAGGUUCACUUAGGCGGUGGGAUAUUUAUUCCCAUGGACAAGUGGGAUUGUGCCUCCAAGGCUACGUCUGAUUCCAGGUUUGUGAGGGAAUUGACACGGGUGAUAUGGUCACCUGAGGAGCUGCGCUGUCGGAGCAUUACAGGCAAGCCCUGCCAAAGGUUUGCGAAAGCAGGCGCAGCAGGCAGGAGGGCCCUAACUCCUCAAAAACUAACUGCACUUACGAAUGCUUUUGAAGCAUACAUCAUGAGAAACCCUUGUCCGAAGGGUAUGAAGGCCAAGGAACGUGUAUGCCGCAGGAACCGGAUCCUGGCAGAUUACCUGAAGACUUUGUAAACUGCUGUUAGUUCAA